ACAUUUCAUUUACUACAUGGAUGAAAAAAUCUUUUUUUUUUUUGACUGCACAAACUACGUAUGAGAGAUCAUUCUAUGUAAUAAAUAAAUGUGUCUGCAGUAAAAAUACAUAUAAUGAGAAAUCGAAGACUCUAGAAAUAUGGCCCUGAGGAAGUGGCAGCUUUCUCAAGAGGCACGAGUGGCUAAAGUCAAGUAUUCGGCUACUAGAACCAGCAGGAGCCAACCGUAGUGGUUACAACGGAAAUACUGUUUUCAUCUUAGGGAAAGUCUUUUUAAUGCGCAAGUGUGAUCUGUAUGUGAAAAAUAGGAAAUGUGAGUAAAAAUAAUAAAGCCCUGGAAGUGAUAUAAAUGCCAGGAGGCGAUGGAUCCUUGCCGAAUGGCAAGCUGGUCAAAGAAGCGUCGUCUUGGGGAUGAAAUUUGCAUAGCAGUUGAUAAAUCUACAUUUAUAGACGAUAAAAACAUGUUUUGUUGGGGAAGUACUGUACACGGAGAGCUUGGUCUAGGAGGUAUUGAAGCUGAAAAUAUCCUUUUACCUAGAGAGGUUGAUUUUCAUAAGGCCACACAGGUUGAACAGAUCGCUUGUGGCGAAAACCAUACUGUUGUUAUAACAAAUGAUGGUCAGGUAUACUCUUGUGGCAAUAAUGAUUAUGGACAACUUGGUCAUGAAAAAUCAAGAAAAAGGCUGCAAUUAAUACCCGGUCUGGAUGCAUUUGUUUUCAAACGAGUAGCAUGUGGAGCUAGUCACACGUUAGUAGUGAACGAAUGGGGUCAGGUGUUCAGCUGGGGUUUAAAUUCCGACGGGCAAUUAGGUCUCAAUACACACACCCUUAAUGAACGAGUUCCUCGGAUGGUAAAAACAUUAGGGACUAAUGUGGUGAUUCAAAUAGCCUGUGGUCUCAAACACACUUUAGCGUUAACCAACAAUGGUGAACUGUAUGCUUGGGGUUCAAAUAGCGAAGGGCAACUUGGUUUUGGGCCUGAAACUAAAAAGGAAGUCAAACCCAAACUUAUAGCAAGUCUGAAAGUGAUACCAAUUGCAUAUAUCGCUUGUGGUGGUUAUCACAGUAUAGCUGUGACUAAAUCAGCCGCUGUCUUUGGUUGGGGUAGAAAUACGUUUGGUCAGUUGGGCUUGAAUGACACGGACGAGAGAACUGUUCCUUGUCAAUUACGGACAUUAAGAAAUGCCAAGGUCCGUUACGUAGCCUGUGGCGAAGAUUUCACCGUGUUCAUGACUAUGGAUGGCGGUGUGUUCACUUCCGGAGCCGGGAUGUACGGACAAUUAGGUCAUGGAAACAAUAGUAAUGACAUACUACCUCGUAAAGUAAUGGAACUUAUGGGCAGUGUAGUUACGCAGGUUUCCUGUGGUCGAAGACACACUCUUGCCGUGGUACCAUCGCGAGGUAAGGUGUACGCUUGGGGUCUUGGCGGCGCUGGACAAUUGGGUACUCGAGUAGCACGAAGCGUGACUACUCCCCAAGUCGUACUUGGUCCCUGGGUUGCACCUGCUGAUCAAUCCUUGAUAAAAAUUGGCUCAACAGUUAGCCCGUACUCGGUAGAUUGUGUAGUGAAACGCGUUUUCAGUGGCGGAGAUCAUUGCUUCGCUACUGUGACCCAGAGAAAGGAUAACAUACCGCCCGACGAUUGCAGGAUACUUUUACCUUCAACUCAAAUUCUAAUCGUGACGGAAGAACAACUGACAGCGUGCCAGAGAGUGCCCCAGAAUUCGCCAGUAGAUCACGACCUUUUGACAUAUCUCGAGACUGUAUUCAGAAGUCAGGCUUGUAUAAAUGGCUCCUUUUUACUGUCGAAUGACGCCCACUAUUGCUGUUCGAGUAAACAUCACGGCGUAGAUAUAGAUCAGGCGACUAGGCUCUUUGGGAUAAUUUCAGAAUUGGAAAAUAAUACAAUCAAAGAAUUGAUUUUUAUUUGUCUGACAGAGGGGCUUAUACCCUCGUUGAUGCCUUCGCCACCGGAUGUUGAAUCUUUACGGGUAUACCUGAUACUACCUCUUUACCAUGGUUUCUCAGAUCCUUCUAAUAGCAAUGUAAUACACAAACCAUUUUCCAAAGCGGUCUUAGGCCUAAAACCGGAAGCUCUUAAGGUCGUGGGCAUGUGGUGGAGUAAAGCUCCAUCUCAUUAUUUCGAAAGGCUAGUACGCUCCUUUAAAAUUGUUGUACUUCACUUCAUUAGGCAGCCAAAAGUUAAAGAAAAUAAGACCGUCGCCUGGGAUAUGACACUACAGCUCGCCCUCGAUCUCCUUAGGCUACUGAAUAAGCUGAAUCACACUACGGACGAUGGUCUUAGAGUUCCUUAUGCCUCCUUCCACUUGCCGGAACUCUCAGAAUUUAUAGAUGUUAGAAUGGAUUACGUUAAGUGGUUAACCGAAGAAGAUCCAUUUUCGUAUCACAAAAUAUUCUUCUGCAAUUAUCCGUUUUUGUUCGACGCUCAAGCUAAGACUAUAUUGCUUGAAACAGAUCAGGCUAUUCAGAUGCAAUCAGCAAUGAACGAGGCUGCCAGCAGAGCUAUUACACACAUGCUGCUCGCACCGUUUCCAGCUAACAACGUUAAUGCACGGCAACACAAUCAGUUUGUCAUGCUUAAUGUCUCUAGGGAGAAUUUAGUGGACGAUACUUUGAGAGAACUGUCGCAGUAUGAUUCGAGCGAUCUCAAAAAGCCUCUCAAGGUAAAAUUUCACGGUGAGGAGGCCGAAGAUGCUGGUGGUGUCAGAAAAGAAUUCUUUAUGCUUUUACUCAAAGAAAUUCUCGAUCCUAAAUACGGAAUGUUCAAACAGUACGAGGAGACUAGGACUAUUUGGUUUUCACCGGAUUCCCUGGAGAGCGAAGUCAUGUACUUCCUAAUCGGUCUUCUUUGUGGCUUGGUGAUUUAUAAUUUUAUCAUCAUCAACCUACCGUUUCCAUUAGCCCUGUAUAAAAAGCUACUCCAUGAACCAGUUGGCCUUUCGGAUAUCAAAGAUAUGUCGCCGACGCUUGCCAAGAGUCUACAGGAUGUUCUGGAUUAUAACGAGCCUGAUAUUGAAGAUGUUUUUUGCUUGUAUUUUGAGGUGACCAGAGAAGCCUUCGGCGAACAAAAAAUAUACGAGCUCAUACCGGAUGGUAGUAAAACUCCAGUUACGCUGGAGAAUAAGAAACAAUUUGUGGAUCUUUACGUUGAUUACAUUCUCAAUAAAUCGGUGGAGAGUCAUUUUCAGGCCUUCCAUAAAGGUUUUCACAAAGUGUGUGGGGGCCGAGUACUCGAAUUAUUCCACAGUCAUGAAUUGAUGGCCGUGGUCGUUGGAAAUGAAAAUUAUGACUGGGAGGAGCUUGAAAAGAAUGCCACGUACAAAGAGGGAUACACAAAAGAUGAUCCUACGAUUAUUAUGUUCUGGCAGAUCUUUCACGAACUUCCCCUUGAAGAAAAAAAGAAAUUUCUUCUCUUCUUAACAGGCAGCGAUCGGAUACCAAUUCAAGGCAUGAAGGCUAUCAAGAUAACUAUACAACCAAUGUCCGACGAACGGUUUCUACCGGUUGCUCAUACUUGCUUUAAUUUGCUAGAUUUGCCCCGUUAUCAGACUCGCGAAAAAUUGCGGUACAAGCUUCUUCAGGCUAUUCAGCAAACUCAAGGAUUUUCCUUGGUUUAAUUUAUUAUGGAAUCAUAAAUUGUUCCCUGUAAGGACAUAGCUUAGAAUCACACAAACAUCAAUUCAGUAGCAAUCAAAAAUUGCAUUUAAUUAGCCACGAUGAAAGCAAAACCUACGGUAAUUAAACGACGCGAAUAUAAUUUGUUCGGUUCCAAUUCUUAACAGACCAAAAGAAACAGUCCCAAAUUUUUUUUUAAAUCGUGUGAACAUAAAUUCAAGACGAAAUAUAAAAGAUAUUUUGACAUUAAUCUGCAUCUCUUUUUACUAUUAGGUGAAAGAGAAAAUUAGCUUAACACUCGGAUUAUCUAGUCCAUGUCGAUUCAGCAGCAUGUAAAUUGCCUUGGAGUAUGAAUUAGUUUACAAAAAAAAGGAUAUUUAUUAUUUUUUAUUUUAUAUUUAAAUAUGGUAUGUCCUCGCGAAAAUAUCUACCUGGGGACUACAAAGCCUUACGAGCAUUUAAUUAUUUAUUAAUAAUCAUGUGAGCAAAUUUUCUUUUCUUUUUUUUACUACGGGAUACCUCAUAAGGGAUGGGGAUGGUAGGGCAGGGAAACAAGUUUAAUUAUAACUGCUCUUGACAGAAUUGUGGAUGAUACUACUGUUUAAUGGGAGGCGAUUCGUAUGACAUAUUCUAUACAUUGUUAUAUAUAUAUAUUUAUAUAUAUAUAGUUAUACACAAACUCACAUAUGCAUGUAUAUAUAUAUAUAUAUUAUAGAUAUAUAUACCCUCUUGUACCAUCACUGAUGAUGGAAGGAAACAAAUAAAGCGCAUAUAGUUCUGUA